AUUCAUGCACUUCAAAAAAAUAAUAGCUAAUGUUAUUUAUACUUUCAGUGUUAAGAGAUGCUAAUCAAUAAUUAUUUUACAAUUUUAACAAUCUUAUUUAAAAAAAUAAUUGGGUAAAAUGCGACAUUGGCGUUUUAUAGUUUUCAAACUUUUUGCUACCAUUUACCCAGAAGCCAAUCAGAUUGCUUGAAGUUUAACUGUUAUCUGCUGUUUCUUUUCAAUGCAAUCUCGAUGUCUGAACCUCAUGGUUAAAAGUUAAAAUGACCCUUAUGUUAGCAAAAUUUUGCUAGAUAUUUAUUUAACUAAUAGCUUUAUUCUCCAGUGGAAGACUAAGCAAAAGCAAGAAUGGCACCUCUCCCAGACGGUCCCGACCCAUCCACAAAACAAAAACAGCCCCCAACUUUCGCCCCCCAAAAGGAAUCUUCAUUUUCCACUCAAAAACUUAAAAGUUCUUUGAGCGACUGCCUUUCACAAACUGUCAUUAUCAAACCAGGAGUCAAAGGCAGACCCAUAAAAAUCGAAAGCAACCAUUUAUCCUUGAACGUGGGCACACUCACAGAAGCUUACCAUUACGACGUCUCCAUCACACCUGACACUCCCAAAAGCUUCCUCCGCGAUGUCAUGAACCUUUUCGCUCGGAAACACUAUCCGAAAAACCACCCGGCCUUCGACGGCCGGAAAAAUCUCUACUCGCCUAAAAAAUUGCCUUUGCCCAACGACACCAUGAGUGAUACCAUUGAACUUGAAGGAGAAAACAAGAAACGGGGGUUUAAAGUUGUGGUUAAACUGGCGAGAACUGUAGAUUUGUCGCCACUUCGUGAUAUUUUACAAACGAGACAAUCGCCACAAGACGCUUUACAAUGCCUGGAUAUUGUCCUAAGAAACGCUCCUUCUAACAGCUGCAUAAGCUCAGGGAGGUGUUUUUUUACACCUCCAAGGGAGGGCCAAAUUUUGCGUCUGGGGGACGGCAUGGAAAUGUACUACGGGUUUUAUCAAUCGGCUAUCAGAGGCUGGAAACAGCCGCUCCUGAACGUUGAUGUUGUCCAUAAGGCGUUUCCCGAAGCCUUGAACGUCCUAGACCUCGUGUGCGAACUAGGGAGCGACUACAGGAACACUAUGACACGACAAGACCUCAACCAACCCCUCACUGAUUUCGUGCAAAAAGCCUUGGAAAAAUUCCUCAAACAGUUGAAAGUCACGUAUGAAAUACCGGGCCAAAGUGGCUCAAGACGCAUUUUUCGCGUCAAUGGCCUCCGUGCGCCCCCAAGUCAGGCCCGGUUUACGCUUGGCGAUGGCAAAGUCACCACGGUGGAGAAAUAUUACCAAGAAGUCAAACGCUGCAGACUCCAGUAUCCGCAUUUGCCGACCCUUUGGGUGGGUUCGAGACAACGUGAGGUCCUCAUACCGUUGGAAUUUUGCACGGUGGUGAGCGGGCAAGUCGUCAAUCGCAAAAUGAACGAGAACCAAACCAGUGUUAUGAUCAAAAAAGCGGCCACUUCGACGGACGUUCGCAAAGAUAAGAUCAUGCAAGUUCUGCGAAAGGCAAAUUACAAUAGUGAUCCCUGUGUCAGGGAGUUCGGAUUUUCGGUAAAUAAUAGUUUCGAGAAGUUGGAUGGGCGCGUUUUGCAGCCGCCGACUCUGCUGUAUGCCCGGAAGGCGGAAGUUACGCCGAGUAAGGGUGUGUGGAGGGCCGACAUGAAUCGGUUUUUUGUGGGGGCUAUUGUACACAAAUGGACGAUUGUGUCCUGUACGAGGCAUCCGGAGAGGGGGGAGCAGUUGGCCGAUAUGAUCUUCAGAAUGGCUAGUUCGAACGGCAUGCAGAUCACCUCCAAGGCCACUGGUCCGUUCCAGCACCUCGGCGGUCGCCAAAACCUGCGCGAUAUCAUCGACUACUUCAAGAGGAAGCAAGACCACGACCUCAUCAUCGUCGUGGUCCCCAACAGCGGCCCCCAAUACUCACUGGUGAAACAAGCGGCUGAACUAAACGUCGGCUGCCUGACCCAGUGCAUCAAAGAACGCACUAUCGCCAAACUCAACCCGCAAAUAAUCGCCAACAUCCUCCUCAAAAUCAACAGCAAGCUGAACGGCACAAACCACAUACUUUCCUCCCGCUUGCCCAUCAUGUCCCGUCCGUGCAUCAUCAUGGGGGCCGACGUCACCCAUCCCGGCCCCGACGCCAAGGACGUGCCCAGCGUCGCGGCGGUGACGGCGUCGCACGACCCCAACGCCUUCCAGUACAACAUCUGCUGGCGCUUGCAGCCCCCUAAAGUCGAAAUUAUCGAAGAUCUGUGCGCUAUUACAGUCGAACAGUUGAUGUUUUUCUACCGAAAAACUCGUCACAAGCCGGAAACGAUCGUGUUUUUCCGGGACGGGGUGUCUGAGGGACAGUUUGCGGAAGUGAGGCGAGCGGAAAUUUCCGCCAUACACCAAGCGUGUAAAAAACUACAAAGGGAGGGCUAUGAGCCCAGGAUUACGUUCCUGGUGGUGCAGAAAAGACACCAUACGAGGCUUUUCCCGACAAAUCCCCGGGAUUCGGAGGAUAGGAAUAACAAUGUUCCAGCCGGGACUUGUGUAGAUACGCAUAUUACUAAUCCGAUGAUGCAGGACUUUUAUUUGGUGUCCCAUGCGAGUAUACAAGGGGUGGCAAAGCCUACGAAGUAUUGUACGCUUUGGGAUGAUAAUAAUAUGAGUAAUGAUGAUAUUGAGGAGUUGACAUAUUAUUUGUGUCACAUGUUUACGAGGUGCAAUAGAUCGGUUAGUUAUCCGGCACCGACUUAUUAUGCACAUUUGGCGGCAGCGAGGGCUAAGGUUUAUGUCGAGAAUGUUAAGCUGGACUUGACUCAGUUGAAGACACAUCAGCAGAAGUGUCAGAUUCAAGAGAGCAUUGUGAAGGAGAAACCGAUGUUCUUUGUUUAGAAACCAAAUUUCUAAAUUUUUCAUUUAACAUUUUUAGAGAUUUUUUAAUUUUAAUUUUUUACUAGAAUUUUGACAAAAGAUUACAAAAUAAGGUUUAGGUUUUUACUGCUUAAAAAUUUAUUUUAAAUUUUAUAUUCACAUAAGCAUGUGAUUUUGUUUUCGUUUUUAAAAUGUUUACUUUUCUGUAGUUUUUAA